GUGGGGUGAGAGCGCGAGAGCAGACCGCAAGAUGGCCGGGAAAGUAGCAAAAGGAACGAACAGGCUCGAAAAUGAAAUUUUUAAAUGCCGUGACGAAUCAAAUUGGCGGAAAAUACAAGAGCUAGCAGAGCAGCUCCAGCAGAGAAGUACAGGACCAGGCUCAGAGGUGCUGGCCAGUUUUCUAAUUGGAGAAAGUAAAUUGGAACAGUACCUGGAAGAGCACCCUCCCAUCAAGGCCAAUGUGCAGAAAGCCAAGACUGGGCUCACAGAAGCGAAACGUUAUCUUCAAAGCUGCUUUUCCGAGCAUGGUGCCAAGACAGGCGUUACAACCGACAGCCACUUCCUGUUGGCCAAGCUUCUCUAUGCCCAGGGUUUUUACGAGGAAGCGCUCGGGCACUUGGAGAGUGGAGGCAUCGACCGCUUGGAGGAGAAGAUGCUUUCGAACCGCAUCCUUAAAAUCCUGGCAGAAUCCUUUGCGAUCAAAGGACUGUGCCUGGAGAAGCAGCCCAUUAAGUCCACAAGCAAGACAAAAGCAGCCAAUCGGGAUGAGCAGGUCAUUCACUACUUUGUACUGGCCAGUGACCUUGCCCUCAAGUAUCUGCAGGAAGUUGAAAAGGCUCAGGGCACCAUCGGGGGCGUUCUUCCCGUGGCCACUGCACCCACCUCGUCCUCACCAUUGCCUCCAAACACCGAAUAUCGCAUUGGAACCAUCCUGGAGACUGUACUUCAGAGGGCGCCCAUUAUUAUGAUGAACAAUAACAAACUACGACAGGCUAUUGACCAGUAUAGGAGUGUGUUACGUGCGGAAGAGACCAGCUCCACACAAUCACUACGGCAAACGAUGUCCCGACAGCUAGCGGAGGUGCUGCUGCGUGGCCUCGCGGAAUGCAUCUACAGUGACUUUGCUCCCCGUAUUGAAACGAAGAAGCAGGGAAAACACUGGAAACCAACAAAAUAUGCUGGCCAAUCAUUAUUCAUGCCGAGAGCGGAAUACGAAGAAAUUCUGUUGUUGCUGUUUAUCAGUGAGGCAAUGGCAGUCCGCAAUGCCGUGCUUGACCGUUCUCCAGAGUUCUUGGACGCACGAGUACAUUCCUACAACAAUGUGACAGCCGUGUACGACCUGCUCUGCAUCACGCUUGCACGCUUUGGGCAGUUUCACAUCCUUUGCGAGUCGUUCGAACGUGCCAUGAAGUUUGCUUUUGAGCAGUACCACGUAUGGAUGCAGUUCUCAUUAUCCUUGCUGUCGUCAGGGAAGCACUCCCGAGCCAUCCUGAUGCUGAAAGAGUGCAUGCGUCUGCAACCAAACAACAGCUUUCCGUGCCUGCUUGCUGCGAAGGUGUGCUUGGAAAACAUGGGCCACAUAGAAGAGGGUGUUGAGUAUGCAGAAAAAGCACUGGAGCGAGAAAAGCAGCAUCCGCAGGACCUCCUAGCCCAGUGCCACCUGGUGCUGGGUGUCGGCUACUCCCUUACGGCAUUGCAGCGGAGGCCACAAGGAAAACGUUCAGAAUACAAGGCCAGAGCAUUUCAGAGCUUUCUUAGAUCCCAGGCUGCUGACCCAUACUACCACCUCCCAGAAUUCCAUCUUGCCCUGCAUUAUGCAGAAGUGCGACAGCUGAGCAGUGCGGUGUCGCAUGCCAAACGGGCGCUCGACUUGAAUCCCGAGCACAUUCACUCCCUCCAUCUGUUGGUGCUCCUACUGUCAGCGCAGAAACAGCACAAUGAAGCGCUCAAUUUAAUAAAUGAAGCUCUCGAGUCGUACCCCAAUCACCUCAACUUACUGUACACAAAAGCCCAUUUAGAAGAUUAUUGCUUGGGACCAGAGGAAGCUCUGCUCACAAGCAAGCAGAUGCUUUUGCAGUGGAAAUCAUUUUACGAAAAGGAGCUCAAGAAUAAUUUUACAGAAAGCAAAUUGCAAAGAGUGAUGAGCUGCAACAAGAGCUCCUUCAUGGUACGAUCAUGUGACUUCUCCGAUCGUGAAUCAGGCCACUCGGUAGCCGCAGCAUCACGCGUUGAGCAGGCUCUUUCCGAAGCAAUGUCCUCCUUGCACUCUACUCAGCAGGCCCGAAGGGGGCCGCAAUCAUUGUGGCUGGUGCAGCUGCAGGUGUGGCUUCUGAUAGCUGAGCUGUACAUCAAGCAGGAUCAGCUUUCUGAAGCAGAGGCCUGCAUUCUCGAGGCUACAAAUAUCUAUCCACUCUCCCAUCAGCUCAUGGUUGUGAAAGGGCUCCUGCACGAGAAGCGACAAGAAUAUCACGAGGCCAAACAGUGCUUCCAGAAUGCCGUGUCUAUCAACCCUUUGCACGUUAAGGCCCUACAACAUUUGGGCUUGGUGUACCACUACCUAGGCAGUAGCCAAUUGGCUGAGAAGACACUGCGUGACGCUGUGGCCAUUGACCCAAUGUCCCACCAGUCAUGGUUCAACAUGGGCAAGGUACUUCAAGAUACGGGCGACUAUGAGUCCGCCGUCGACUGCUUGAGCACAGCCAUUCAGCUGGAGACGACGACACCGGUACUCCCCUUCUCGGUGAUACCACACGCACUGGAAUAAGUGUCGCCACCUGGGACAUCGAGCAUAAAUUUGUGUGUCUUGUACAUAGAUUCACGUACUGCCACAUAAGCAGUUUUGCAUGUGGCCAGUAACUGUAAGUUUGUAAAUUAUUUUAAGAUAUUAAGUUUAAUAUAUAUUAAAUAUAGAUGCGUUUUAAAGUACGGAAGCUUGGACUGCCACGAAGUAAUGAGAGAGUGAAGUGAAUGCAGAGAAUAAGUACUAGUAGGGAAAGCUGAAGUAUUUAUUAAUGGAAUAACUCGCUAGCGGCUCUGGCAGAAGUUGACUGAGUUUCGGCGGAGGCUUCACUUGCUGCAGGACAUAGAGGAUACAGUUGUUUACGAUCGCUUUUAAAGGUUGUGAUCAUAAUUCUGCGGAGAGCUUGCAACUCGCAACGAGCCAAAUUGUGAAUUCAGUCAAGUCCAGGGGUGGUGUCAAAUGGUGUACUAUACAACACUUGUACAAAUGUAAAUAUCACUAAAUUACGUGACUCCGCUCAUAACCACAGCUGCUUUGUGGCCGCUAACAC